AAUCAAUAUAUUGAUAAAGUUGGAAGAGCUUGAAUCAAGAUGGCGCACUACAAUUCUCUUUUAGCGUGUUCGUAUAGAACUACUAUAAAUGUACUCAGACACUCGGUUUUCGAUCGAAUUAUUAACUAUCAUUGCAUUAAGACUAUUCAAGGUUGCACCCUUGAUACCGGAGGCACUUCAUUACAAUCAUCCUACUCCACCAGAUCUACAACUCCGGAUACACAUGGCUUAAGUAAAACUGUUGCACAAUAUGACGACCUGACUCAACGUGGUACCCUGAGGGAGGAUGGUCAUCAAAGAGAUGUUCUCCAACAUCUGGCUCAACUGCAAGAAACCAUCAAGAGCUACAGCAAUGAAAUAUACUUGGAUGUACCAACACCAAAUGAAAACAAUUCCACUCAAUGUGAGGAAAAAGAUCAUGUCACCCCUGGAAAAAUGAAUGAAGAUCCUAUUUCCCUCAAAACGCAAGAUACUUCUCAACUAACUCCACCACCAAGGGGGCUUUACAUCCAUGGAGAUGUUGGCACUGGCAAGACUAUGCUGAUGGACAUGUUCUACUCCAACAUAGAGAACAGCCGCAAAAAGCGAGUGCACUUCAACUCCUUCAUGUUGGACAUUCACAGAAGGAUACAUCGGUGGAAACAAAGCCUGCCAAAACGAGGGCGAGGGAAAAUGUUCACCUACGACCCCAUAUCGCCGGUUGCUAUGGAUAUCAGCAAUGAAACCUGCCUCCUGUGUUUUGAUGAGUUUCAGGUGACGGACAUCGCUGAUGCCAUGAUCCUGAAGCAGCUGUUUGAGACCCUAUUCCGGAAAGGGGUGGUGGUGGUGGCCACGUCAAACAGACCCCCAAAUGAUCUGUACAAAAACGGACUUCAGAGGGACACCUUCCUGCCUUUCAUCGGCGUGCUGGAGGAUUACUGCCAGACCAUCUGCUUAGACUCCGGCACUGACUACAGGAGGCUGAGCAGUACGCCGACAGGGAGGCAGUACUACUGCACAGGGGAGGCUGAUGCGGAGGCCUUCAUGGACGCCCUGUUUGAUGAGCUGGCCUUGAGACAGAGACGCGCGAUGGGGCCACGGGUGUUGACGGUGCUGGGCAGGGAGGUGGUGCUGGAGAAGACCUGUGGCUCGCUGGCGGACUGCACCUUCCACCAGCUGUGUGGCACACCCACGGGCGCCUGCGACUACCUGGAGAUGGCCGGGCACUUUGACACGGUGUUCAUCCGGAACGUUCCUCUGCUCACCCUGGAGCUCAAGGACCAGGCCAGGCGCUUCAUCACCCUCAUCGACACCUUCUACGACCUCAAGGUGAGGGUGGUGAUCCAGGCCCAGGCCCCUCUGGAGGCUCUGUUCUCCCACUCUGGAGCCGGAGACUUCAGGGACCGACAGCUGCUGGACGACCUGGGCCUCAGCGGGGUGGCAGCCGAGCAACUGUCUCUCUUCACAGCAGAAGAGGAAAUCUUUGCCUUCAAGCGUACAGUCUCAAGACUGUUGGAGAUGCAGACAGACGCAUACUGGAAGCAGGGCGACCGCACUAAGGAAUCAAACUAAACACCAAAAGAAAACAGGGAGUCCCUCCCGAUAUCCUGCUUAUCGCUUGAGGACACUGAACCAAACCAUUAUUUUGUCUUUAUUUCAAAGUUAUCAAAGAGUCGGGCACUUGAAGGGCCGAACUUAAUAUAAAGAAGAAAUAAUACAUAUAGCAACAAUAUCAAUGUUUUAUAGGCACCGAAUACUACUUAUAAUGUCUUGGUACCAUUUGUUCCUUGGGCUUGACUAUAUUCUGGGAAACCUAUGGACACUGUCCUAACUACCUCAAUGUGUCUUAAGUUGAUCUGUGGAUUGUUGCUGAUCAGAGGGCCUCUAGUGUAUGGAAGCAUCUGUUACCCAUGAGGCAAACCGGUGCUUAAUUCAAGGAGAGACCGUCUAUGACUUCAUUGGUCUUUGAGAGUAGAGGAAUACUGCCCUCUGUUGGUGAAAGGGGGAAAAGAGAAAAACGACUGACCACGUUACACCUAAAUCCUAACCUGUUUUUAUUUUGUGUAACGUGUAUUAUUGAUCAAUUAAUAAAAUGCUUUCAAAUAAACUAA